UGUCAUCACACCCAAGGAUCCUCGACUGCUUCAAUUCAGCCAUCUCGGAACAACCAAGAAUGCAGCCUGGUCAACAAGAGUACCAGCACUUCAUCCCUCAGUUCUUGCUCAAGAACUUCUCCCACCCAUUCGUCUGCCCCAACACUGCCAGAACGCGGAAGAAAUGCAGAAAGCCUCAUCAUGAGAAGAAAAAGCACCCGGGCGAUCCAGUUCUUAACUGCUUGGACAUAUCGUCACGUGGCUUCUCCGUCCAGGAAUAUCCCGUCAGUCGCGUAUGUGGCCUGGAUGAUAUGUACAUCAAUUUGGCAAAUACGACAAAGGAUCGCCGCCGGUUAGAGGUCAAGUUUAGCAACUUGGAAAGGGAUGCGAGUCAGAUCUAUCGCAGAAUUGUCACUGCCUACGGAUCUGGAGAGUCGCAAGUAUGCAUGACCAGAACCGAAAAGGACCUGCUGCGGAAAUUUCUAUUCUUGCUCAAGUACCGUGGAUCGCAGUUUUAUUGGACAUACUACAAUGCCAAGAGUAUCAACGAUUAUAAGGAAGAUGACAAAGAGCUCCUAGAAGCUUACAUGAAGAAGAGAGGAUUUCACCGACCCAUAGACGUAUGGCUCGAGUCUCUGGAGACUAUCAUCGACAUCCACAUGGACGCCGAGCGAACGUGGGAGCAGCACAUCGGGAAGAAGAUGUAUUUUUCCGAUGCUGAGUUUUUCAUCGAUCGAAUAGGGGCCACGUAUCUUGCCAUUUGCACACCAGAGAAUCCGGAAGACGAAUUCAUUCUCACAGACAACAGCUUCAAUGUAUAUGAAGGCUAUGUCACGGGCGUACAAGACGAGACGACUGGCAAGUUCUCUCAAACAUCAUAUCCAUUCCACGACUUUUCGACGCUAUCUCCACGGUUGAUGCUCGUUCUGCGGUCUACGUAUCUUCCUGAGCCUCUCGAAGACGCCAUCCCAGAGGUGAAGAUGGAAAAGCGGAAUCUGCGGAUGCUCUAUUCUACCUUGAAAGAGUCCAACCUAGAGGAUCUUCCUGUACACAAGGCCGUUUGUGAAGACAUGAUGAAAAGAAUUGCGAGGCGAGCAAAUGAACCUGGAUAUGAACCGGUGUAUCAUCAGGGUGAUAGGUUCUCCUUCAAGUUUUUCCGAAUCCCCAACCGUCAUGUGCGCUUGAUCAACGGACUCCUACUCGACCAUGCUUUUCAUGGCUCUAGAAUUGUUUUCAACCAGAAAGACGUCUUCCUGGACCAGUUGGAGUGGUUCUUGACGGAUCCUCAGGCAGUAGGAAAGGUUCUGGACGACGAGAACAGGUCCGCUCGGCUCAGAUACCUCCUACUCUUGACCAAUUUUAUGGCAGGUGAAGGGAGGGAUAUACAGUUGAGAUGCGACCUGUCGCCAAUAGAAACUACAACUGAUGUGGAAAGUUCUCGGUUAAGGAACAUAGCCUCGAUGAGGAUGCUCGAGGAAAUGAUGACUAGCAACUCCAAUGAUAUUUGGACCUUUGAUGGGAUUUAUAAGACGCUAGGCGGAACACAAGCAACGCUUACCGAAGACACGGAACAGUCGAUUCUGAUGGUUUCCUUCGGGAUUAAAAUCAGCUCCUGGAGUCGUGGACUUUCUGAGACAGUUCGACGCAGGAAUCACACUCGCAUCCUGAAUGCAUAUCAGCGCCUCCCGUGCAGAAGAUUCUGGAUGUACUUGAAACGAAUUAGGUCCUUGUCAGCAGGGGUACUGGAGAUGUUGUCACAUGAGCAUUUAUCAUUCCGCGACGACCAGAACUGGCGAGGGCCGGAAGAUAUGCUCACUUAUGGUCAGUUAAAUCAUGACGACCGCCAAGUUUAAGUGAGAUGAACUGAGCCAUGAAUAGCAUAUGCUUUGAUCGAACCGUUCAAACUCAACGCCGCCAUGUACAAAGCUUUUGAGAAUCACAUUGCCAACUUGAGCCUCAAGGAAAAGAUGGUCAUGGCGUAUAUCACGGCACAAAGGCAUGACAACUCAGAAAACAUGGCGGAGAUGUUUGUGCAAGGGCCACGUCAGGCAAAAUCAUAUUCGUCUGAUUAUGAUGUGAUCAUAGAGGAGAUCGACGAUGACUACAUUGUCGAGUCUAAGACACGACAAGCUCCG